CCGUAAACUGGUUAUCUCUCUUGUGACCAAUGCAUAGACGAUUUUUCUCAAAGAUUACACUUUAAUACAGUAAGAAAUUUCGCCAAGAUGUGUGAAGAAGUAAAUUCAGAAAUUGCAAAAGAUAUUUUAAAUAGCGUGGAUAACUUCUUGUUCGACUGUGACGGAGUGUUAUGGAAUGCUAGUGAACCCAUUCCAGGCAGCUUGGAAACUAUAAAAGGACUGAAAUCUUUGGGGAAAAAGGUAUUUUAUGUUACCAAUAACAGCACAAAGACAAGGUCUGAGUAUGCCCAGAAGUGUGUCAAGCUGGGGUUUCCUGCCUCAGAGGAGGAAAUUGUGUGCACUAGUUACAUAUCGGCACUUUACUUACAUAACAUGAACUUCAAAGGAAAGAUUUACGUUGUUGGAAAUCCCAGUAUGGGAGCAGAACUGGAUAGAUUUGGUCUAAAUCAUACAGGGAUUGGUCCAGACCCUCCAGAAGAAAAUCAAGAAUCUUUUCAAAUUGUGUCUGGUUUGACCCUUGACCCUGAGAUUAACUGUGUCCUAGUUGGAUUUGACAAAUACAUUUCCUAUCCUAAGAUAAUGAAGGCAUCUACCUAUGCCAGACGAGAGGGGGCCUUGUUUCUGGCUACCAAUGAGGACUCACAUCUUCCUCUGAAUGUUCCAUAUGUGGUACCAGGGACAGGAACAAUUGUGGCUGCAGUAAAGGUCCCAGCAAGGAGGGAGCCCCUAGUGAUGGGGAAACCUGAGAUAAACAUGUUUAAAUGUCUACAACAGACACACAACCUAGACCCCUCCAGGUGUAUAAUGGUGGGAGAUAG